AUGCUCACAUUGUUGAUAGUUACGCUGGCCCUGUUGCCGGCAGUAAACGCGCUUGUGAGAGAAGAUGGUGUGGGAAGGCUGCCUGCUCUCGGUUGGAACGCUUGGAAUGCCUUCGGCUGCGAUGUCGACUCACAGAAGAUCAUGAGCGCUGCCAACCAGAUGGUCAGUCUGGGACUAAAGGACCUGGGAUAUGAAUAUGUCAGCAUUGAUGACUGUUGGUCAAUCAAGAACACUCGCAAUGCAAGCAUAACACACAUAAUCCCGGAUCCUUCCAAAUUCCCUGACGGAAAUUCUGGAGUGGCCAGUCAGGUGCAUGAACUGGGCCUGAAAAUUGGCAUCUAUAGUAGUGCCGGCGAAACCACUUGUGCUGGAUACCCAGCCAGUCUGGGAUACGAAAAGGUAGACGCCGAAGUCUUCGCAGAAUGGGGUAUCGACUAUGCCGCGCCGGAGGACUACGAUUGGACCAAGUCUAAGACCUACACUCGCUAUAUGAACAUGCGAGAUGCCCUUCUUGGUGUGAACCGAACAAUCUUCUAUUCCCUAUGUGAUUGGGGCCAGGCAGACGUGAAUACCUGGGCUAAUGGGACGGCGAACUGGGCGCGCAUUUCUGAGAUCGCCAACGAGAACACCUUCAAGAUGAACUGCGUCGGAUUCUGGGGCCAUCCUGACUCGGACAUGCUUGAACUUGGCAAUGGCAACCUCACGGCAUCAGAGAAUCGGGCUCACUUUGCUCUCUGGGCGAUCAUGAGAUCACCUUUGAUCAUUGAAAUCGUGCUCAAUAACAUCAGCGACUCCAACCUGGCCAUUCUCAAGAGUAAACAGGAUCCAGUUAUCGGGCGCCCUGCAAUCCGUAUAAGUGGGGAUACAACUCCGAUUGGACCUUUGACCCUGAUCACCCCGCCGAGUACUGGUCGGGACGAGACUGCAUCGCGCACAGCGGUGUGGAAUGAAAUUCCAGAAUUGGAUAGUGACUCAUACCAGGUCAUUGAUGGGUGGACUGGAAAGAACCUCGGCUGUGUCAAAAACCAGUACACCACGUCUUUGUCUAGGCAUGAUGUAGCUCUUCUGGUGGUGAAG